AUGGAUAGAUAUCUCCGCCCUGAAAGGUUUGAUAUCGACCCGUCAGAUAGCUCUAGUACGAAAGCUUGGAUACAUUGGCGUAAAACUUUCGAAAACUUCAUUUUCGUGCAGAAGCCGACCGCUUCAGAAACAGAUGCACAGUCGGUUCGUCCGCCAGAAAAAUGGGACAGCAUAAAGUUUCAACUUUUGGUAAACCAUAUAUCACCAAAUAUCUACACAUAUAUAAGCGAAGCUACGAACUACGAAGAAGCGAUCACAAUACUGCAAAAACUGUAUGUAAAACCAAAAAAUCUGAUUUUUGCUAGACACAUGUUAGCAAUAAGGAAACAACGACCAGAAGAAAGUAUUGACACAUAUUUACAAGCUUUGAAACUACUUUCUAAAGAUUGUGAUUUUGUGGCUGUUGAUGCAGAAACAAACAAAAACGAUAGCGUACGUGAUGCUUUCAUAUCCGGUAUAUCAUCGCAUAAAAUCAGACAAAGGCUUUUAGAAAACUUAACUCUAGCACUUGAUCAAGCUUACAACCAAGCACUCUCUCUAGAAACUGCAGAUAUCACCUCUCAAAACUUCAAUACUGUCUCUUUAAAUGCUGUUGCUCCAAAAGAACCAACAUUAGUCUCUUCGAAAUCACAAACUCUGCACAACGAGACCUGCUCUUCUGUUAAUAAUCCUCGACGACAAAUAUGUUUCUUUUGUGGGGGUCAAAUACAUCCUCGUAAGAACUGCCCUGCAUUUGAAAAUACUUGUCAGCUCUGCAACAAGAAGGGGCACUUUGCCACUGUUUGUAGAAGCUCUUCUAAAUCUACAAAUUCUGUGGUAGUUGGUAGUGAAGAUCUUUCCGCUUGUAUCACAGCAGCGUCACCUUCUUCAUUAUGUAAAGUUACUGUACCCGCUUAUAUUCGAGGAAUAAGAGCAGAAGCACUUCUCGACACCGGCAGCUCCAUCAGUUUUAUAAAUGACAACUUUGCAAGACUAUGCGCGUUUAAAAGAAAAUCCUGCAAUCAGACUAUUUCUAUGGCCUCUCUUAAUUAUACUUCACAAGUAGAAGGUCAAACUUGGCAAACCUUGAAAAUCGGAAAUCAUAGAUAUGAUAAUGUAAAUCUUCUUAUCGUGAAAAAUCUUUGUGCUGAUAUAAUUAUCGGCCAUGAUGUCCUCGAAGAACAUUCAUCGCUAGAGUUCUCUUUCGGUGGGCCAAAACAUCCACUUCAAGUAUGUAACGUAGCUGAAGCAUCAGUACCAGCUGUACCGCUUUUUGCGAAUGUAUCUCCCAACUGCAAACCUAUUGCUAUAAAGUCUCGAAGGCACAACAAAGAGGAUAGUGAAUUUAUUAAAGAAGAAAUCAGAAAUCUUAUAGCAGAGGGCGUGAUUGAAGAAAGUAAAUCACCGUGGAGGGCCCAAGUACUAAUAACAAAAAGCGAAACUCAUAAAAAACGCCUUGUAAUUGAUUACUCUCAGACAAUUAAUCGUUACACAGAACUCGACGCGUAUCCUUUACCAAACAUUGAGGACUUAGUUUCGAAAGUGGCAAAGAAUAUAUUUUUCAGCCUAAUAGACNCAAGGUAA